AUGCAAGCGGCAAACGUGCAACUUCCUGCUCAGCUUUGCCAUCCCGGCGAUUUCCUCUCCGCCAAAAUCCGCACGAGUUUGGUAAGAGAGACCUUGCAAUGCGUCGUCUCCUGCCAAGCCUGCAAGCAGUUGCAGGCCGAGAAACCCACCCCUGAGAAUGCCUGGGAUGCCAUCUUCACAGCACCGCACAGCUUCCACGAGCCCGAGGCUUGCUACGGCCUGGGAGUCAUCGUCCAUGCUCUCGCAAACACCCAGAACCUCUUGAAAGAGGACUGGUACCACAAAGCCGUGGAGCAUGUUUGGGCCACGCUUCAGAAGCUAGGCGAGGUGCCGCCCGAAGCCAAGGACACCGCACAGGAGCGGUUGUAUCGCAUGACGGAGUUUAUUGCCUGUGUUGCGCUGGCAGUGGGCCACCGCACAUUCUACCGCGCGCUUGGCAAGGAGCCCAUUCUCGAUCAACCUCCGAUGCCAUCGCCGCGCACCUAUUCAAACAACGGCGCCCCCAUGUUCAAGAGCGCUGAGGAGGUCUCCAGCCGGCUUGGAAAGAAGGAAGGCUGUGGCUGGGGACCAUGCCUCGACAAGGCAAGCCUCACUCCGGGCUUGAAGCUUGCGAAUGGA